AUGACUUGGCCCAUGCCUCGGAGGAAGAAGAGCUCCAUAAUUUGCGAACAACGAACAUGCAUCGUGAAAACAUUACACACUCCCUCAACCAACUCGGAAGUGACACAUAAAUCCAUAGAUCUGGAUCGUCUCUCUCCUUCCAAUGGCGUCAAUCCUAAGAAACUGAUAUCGAUACUUCUGCUUCCCUCUCUCUCACCUCAUCCCUCCUCAACGAUCAACAUGAAUCUGCGGGAAUCUCUGAUCGGAGUGCGGAAUGCUCCGGCUCUCCGGAGAGGUCACGCCCCCAACGACGAGAAUCUGGAUCUCUUCUCCGCGAGCCGCCGCUCCUUCCCCUUAGCUUCGGCCGACGAUUCCUCCAACGUUUCGGAGAAAUUCGGAAGACUCCCUGUAGGAGCCAUAACAGUGCCCAAGAGUGGAGCAGAUGAUCUAUUGUCUUCAGCUGAAGGAGGGAAACAUGACUAUGACUGGCUUCUCACUCCUCCUGGAACACCUCUCGGACGCGAAUCUCGCCCAACUUUGGCAGCUCCGAAGACAAAUUCCUCGGCUAGAUCUAGUUCGUCAAGGCUUUCGGUUUCACAGUCAGAAAGCAGUUACCAAUCCUCAAGACCAGCCAGAAGUAGCUCUGUUACUCGCCCCUCCAUCUCUACCUCACAGUACAGUUCAUAUUCUUCAAGCCGAUCACCAUCUUCUGUCCUGAACACAAGCUCUGCUUCAGUGUCAUCCUACAUUAGACCUUCCUCUCCGAUCAACCGUUCUUCACCUAUAGCUAGGCCUUCCACUCCUACUCGUACCACCUCAUCAAGGGCCUCUACUCCUUCAAGAAUACGUCCAAGCUCAUCUAGUUCAUCCAUAGACAAGACCAAACCAUCCCCGACGUCAAGGCCUUCUACUCCGACUUCUAGGCCACAGCUUUCAGCAAACUCGAGUACAAUUGCUUCUAGACCUAGUUCCCGUCCUUCAACUCCUACACGUCGAAACCUGUCCACCUCAGUGUCUGCAUCAGCUGGACCCAAUGUUUCAGGUGGACGUGUUGUAUCAAACGGACGUACGACAGCUUCGUUGUCUAGCCCAAGCUCCCCAGGACCUAGAGUCCGACCAUCCCAACAGCCAAUCGUGCCACCAGAGUUUCCUUUGGAGACGCCGCCAAAUCUCAGAACAACUCUUCCAGACAGACCAAUUUCUGCUGGAAGGUCUCGGCCAGUAGCUGCUACUAUGACGACGAAAGCGAGUCCAGAGCCGAAAGCGUCCAUGACAAGAAGGAAUCCAUCUCCCGUUGUUGCAAGAGGAAGACUCACAGAGACAGCUGGGAAGGGCCGUGUCAAUGGUAAUGGGCACGUGACAGAUGCAUCAGAGGCUCGGAAGGUUUCAAACAUCUCGGACAUAAUGUCUCGGAGAAGUGUGAAAUCGUCUGCAUCAGUGACAGAGAGCAAUGGGCUUGGGAGGUCAUUCUCAAAAAGUUCACUGGAUAUGGCCAUCAGGCACAUGGACAUAAGAAACGGGAAGGGAAGCAGCCGUGCAACUCUGUUCCCUCAGAGCAUAAGGGGAGCGUCAUCCAAGGUGCAGUCUGUCAACUGUGGCAACAGAGUGGGGGAGAAGGGAAGGAGGGUGGAGAAUGGGAAAGGGGCAACGGAGGAGGGAAGUUGGGCGGUGGGGAAGAUGGACGUGUACGAGAGUUCCCGCUACGAUGCGCUCUUGCUCAAAGAGGACGUGAAGAACAUGAACUGGUUGCACAGCCUUGAUGACAUUUCAUCAGAACACCCACUUUUAUUUGACAAUGGCUUCGAGCUGCUUCCUGAGCCCUUUUGACACACACACACACUCUUCUUUUACACAGAAUUAUGAUGGCUCUUCUUGAUUCUUGAGUGCCGUUUCUAGCACUUGUCCAGGUUAUGAGAUUUGUAAAAGUCGCAAAAAAUAUGAAAUUUGCUUGUUUUUUUUUUGGAUCACAUUUAUGUUCAGAUACAAAUCUGGUUGAGUUAAUAUUUUACAUAAUA